AUGACCGAGAGAGCCAACAAAGGCAAACUGAAGAGAAGUCUGUCAUUGUCCAAGAGCAAGAAGAAAGGCAAUGUCAUAGCUGGGAUUUCUGCCAGUGCUGCCACCUCGACUCCAAUCACCUCCUUCUUCAGCAACCAGCCUCCAUCUAAGCUGGCCUGCCCCCUGUGUGGCCAAUUGGUACCAAAAUUCAAGAUCAAUGAGCACAUUGAUUUGCAAUGUCAGAACUUUGAGAGAGGAGACAGCAGUGCCGCCUCAGCAAGUAAUAGUGUUGUGCCAAGCAUCCAGCUGUCACCCAAAAAGAAUCCCACAAAGUCCCCAGAGCAGAAUCGAAAAAAGGAAGAAGAUGUCAAAGAGACCAAGACCAGUCCUUAUUUCAAAAAGAACAACAUUCAGCAGGAACCACGGGAGAUAAACAGUAAAACUGUGGUUAGGACAAUUGACCUGGGAAGUCUCUCCUCCAAGCUAUCUAGAAAGUGUCUUAAGCUACCAGAGAGGGCACCGACAGAUGGUAAACAUGUACCAGCGCACCCUGAAAAGGAGAGCGAUCCUCCUGAGACACUCAGCAGCUCACAGAAAGAAAAUGUUCUUAUUCAGGGUUCAGAGAACAAAAAAGACUCUGUGACAGUCAUUGACCUGACAGCAACAAAUGCUGAGACUCCACCAGCAGUGGGAGAUCUAUUGAGUUCAGAAAAAGGAUGUAAUCUUAAACAGAACACACCUAAACCUGAGACUUUCCAAAAAGUGGUUACUCCAACAUUGCACCCUUCUUCCUCCAAACUAGCAAAGAGGAAAAAGGAAACGACUUCAACUGGCAAGACAUCUGGUUUCAGAAAGAGAGCAAAAUUUGAGAGGAGCAGGGAGCCAGAGGAGGUGUUGCCAAUUGAAAAUAAAACAGAGAUGGCUGAUGUGGACCAACAUAAAACUGAAAUGCCCUCUACCUCUUCUUCUGACCCCCUUCUGAGUUCAGAGGAAAUUUUUGUGAAAAAUGCUGCAGUCAUCCAUAGUGUUUCGCUGCCAGAGUUUUGUGCUCAGCAAACCCCCAGUGAGCAGGCUGUGGAGAGCCUUCACCUACCACGACUUCCCUACUACCUCAGAAACUUCCGGACUGUAUUACAGGCUGUGCUGGAGAAUGAGGACGACAGGGCCUUGUUCAACCAGGAUGAUAUGUCACUCGUACAUGCAUUCGAGAGGCUGUCAGUCAUGGGACAGAAGCUGUACGUGAGGCUCUUUCAGAGGAAGCUGAAGUGGCUUCAAGUGAAUAAACUAGAUUAUGAAGAGAUAAGCAGCGACCUGGAACCUGUUGCUCAGGAGCUGGCUCAAGAUGGCUUUCUACAGACAGAAAAUGAUCUUGAGGACCUAGAAGAGGCUCUGGAUCUCCUGCCUGCUCCUGAACUCAAAGUUCUGGCUAAGACCUUCCACCUGGGCAGUUCUGGGACUCAGAAACAGCAGCUGGUGGAUGGGCUCCUUCGUCUGAGCAAGCAAAAGUCCCUCUUCUCUCUGGCCUCUGCUCAAAACAACAUUAGGGCUGUCAUCCUCAAAAGGGCGAAGCAGCUUGCAGGUUCCUGUGUGCGUCUGUGUCGUGCUCCUCGGGCUGUCUUCUCUCGCAUCCUUCUGCUCUUUUCUCUGACGGACAGCAUGGAUGAGGAGGAGAUGGCGGCUGGUGGCCAGAGCCAGCUUUUUACCAUCCUGCUGGUCAACUCAGGACGUCUGACCUUCCCGGACUACACAGUGAAGCGUACAGCCAAGGUGUUCCAGGACAGAGAGGAUCUGAUCAGAUAUGAAGCAUCCAUGCGAUCCCUGCAGGAGGUUAUCUCAGCUAUGCAGGUGGGUCAGUGGGAAGAGGCCCUAGAGCUUUACAUCACUGCCAAAAGUGCCUGGCAGGAGCUGAGGAAAAACCAUGACUUGAGCCAUCAGGAAGAGCUGCCUGUGUUCCUGCGCAGCUUCACUACAGGAUGGGCUUACACUCGUAUUUUAUCUAGAGGGGUGGAGAUCUUGCAGAGGCUACGUCAAUAUGAGGAAGCAGUAAAGGAGCUGCGGUCUUUACUGUUGCAGACUGUUUACUGUCCUGACAGCCGAGGACGAUGGUGGGACAGACUGGCACUAAACCUUCACCAGCACCUCAAAAAACCUGAGGAAGCUAUUUGUGCUAUUAGAGAUGGGCUGUCAGACACUCUGGUACGAACAGGACAUAAACUCGCCCUGCAUCAGAGAGCUGUUAGGAUGAAAGAGUCUGCCAGCUUCAAGAAGUACUACCUGCAACUCAGAAACUUACCCUCUAUUCAUGUCCAAGACGUCAAACAUGUAACAAUCCGAGGACAGCUGUUUCCUCAUGAAGGAGGCAUGGGGAAAUCUAGGUUUCUUUUACCGGCAAAUGGAGAGGGGGAAGAGAGUGCUGAUGCAACUGUAAUAUGUUCUGUGGAAGAACUGUCUUUAGCACAUUACAGCCAACAAGGUUUUGACCAAGGGAUCCAUGGUGAAGGUUCAACAUUCUCUAUGUUGUUUGCUCUUUUGCUGUGGGAUAUCAUUUUUAUGGAAGGUAUUCCAGAUGUUUUCCGGAACCCAUUCCAGACAUGUCCACUGGAUUUUUACACUGACUGUUUCUAUGAGAACAGAAAGGAGGCGAUUGAUUCUCGUGUUCAGUUACUCAUUGAGGCGUCUGUGGAGACACUACAUAGCAUGUUGGAGGAUGUCUGGACCUCACAGGAGGGUAAAGUGUGUUCAUUGGUCAGCUGGGAGCGUUUCUCAUCCCUUCAACAGGCACAGUCUCUCGUGUCUUGCCUUGGUGGAGCCUUCUUAGGAGGAGUAAUAGCAAGAAUGUCAAAAGACUACAGACACUGCCGUGGAGGUUUGCCUGAUCUAGUGGUGUGGAACACCUCAAACAACACUUACAAGCUGGUGGAGGUGAAGGGGCCCAAUGACCGGCUAUCCCAAAAGCAACAGAUCUGGCUGGAUGAGCUGCAGAAACUGGGGGCUGACGUGGAGGUGUGUCAUGUGGCGGCCACUGGAGCCAGGGGAGCUCGUCUGGAAUAAACAGACCCAGAAGGACUGAUUACAAAUUUGCUGCUAAUUAAUCAGAGUGUGGUGGAAAUGGAAACAUCAACGGAAAGACUCAAAAACAUGAUUUGAGUGCUUUUUCUGACUCUGGUCAUCUAGACUGGAUGUAGAUGUUUAUCUCCAAAAAUUCCAUUUGUCUUCCAUAUAUAACAAAUUUAUUCCUAUUUGAGUAUAAGGAAGGAGUGUUACUUGUGCCAUGUGGUGUUAUCAUCGAGGAAACCACUGCCUUCAACAGGAAGAGGUGCAUCAUGAGAUGAUCAUCACUGAGAACUGCCAGAAUCAGAAAUAGCUAACAUAACCAGAGCUGAUGCAUACCAGGAAAUUAUUUCAACAACCACACAAAAUUGAUGGUGUUUCCUUCUCUUUGGCAACACUAUAUUCUCAGGAUCUUGGGUUGCCAAGCAACGUAAACGUUUAGUUGGCUGCUUAUGAAUUGUAUGACAGCUCUACAAGUUUGUUAUGCAAGUAAUUACUGUGAUAAUAUGGCUAUAAAUAUUUAGUUUUGCCAUUACUCUACCUGAAAAAAACAUCAGUUAGGUACCAAGAAAGGAAUAAUAGA